AUGUUUGAUGUUCCAGACGCAAAGAGAAUAAAAAGAUCCCGCCUUGAAAGUUGGGACGGGGAAGAGCUGAGCAGAUCAUCAGAGGCCGAGACACCGGCAGAUUUGCUGGCCAGUGAGGCAGACUCCGGGACAGCUUCGCUUCCGGACUACGGCUUCACCUACGAUUUCAUUGCGCCUGCAACGGAGCAUGCCGCGCCUACUCAAAGUCGGCCAGACGAGGCAGAGGAUACGAGCUACGAAUUCCGUCUGUUCGCACCCACUUCCAGAGUGACUCCGCCGCCAAACUCCAAACCAUCGACAGCUGCUCCCCUGAUCACCCUCCAGCGCUCCCCCUCACCGUCUUCCCUUCCCACCACACAAGAAGGCCACUUUCUACGCCCACGCCCACCUUCCCAGUACUUCACCUCGCCCACACCCGCCCUCCUGGCGCAAUACUCCGCCAGCUCCAUCUCCGCCUCAGCCAUCCUAUCCCUCGCCCACACCCCCUGGCCAGGCACCGCCCUGCCCUUUCGUGUCACCCAUCUCCGGACUCACCGACAGACGCGAGCCGCCCGCCACCACGAUCCUACAAACCCUUCCACAACCACAGCCACCACCACGAAUCAAGCAACUCGCCCGCGAGCCCGGAGACCCAAACCGAACAAAAAGCGCCGCAUCCUCAUUCGUCAACGCCUGGCCGCUCAGCUCGCCCGGCAGCGGCAACAACAGCUACAGUCCACACCGAAGAAGGCCGCCGCUAGGACCGAGACAGGUGAGAUCCAGCUCCCGCCGGAAGAUCGCGAGAAGCGCACGGCACGUAACAGGGAGAAGAAGGUGAAACGACGGCAGCGCGAGCGCGAGCGCAAGGCGGCAUUGCGCGCCGAUGGGGCUGACGACGGUGUUGCCGUUGCGGGUGGUGGUGGUGGUGGUGACGACGGAAGUGUCGGUGGCGACAGUGUGGGAGCAGACAUCAGCGGCGGAGAGAACGGGUGA